AUGACGACGCCCGUGAAUGAGCGGCCCGAGCCAACCUACAACAUGGACCGCAACACGCCCGCUCCUGCGAUCCAUCAACGCUCAUCCGACGACGACGGAACCUAUAUUGGCGAGGAUUUGAGCCACCAGCAUUCCAACACAUCGGCGCCAGCGAACCCUCCAGGACUUGCGACUGGAGCUCGGCCACGCUCUGGAACCCACUUGACGGUGGAGACGCAAUACGACCACCCUAACUACCAUAUGCAAUCACCUUCUCAGACACGCGAGCAGGCGAGCAGACUUGACGAUGACCUUGCGCUGCUCCAAAUUGAACGAGGCAUCAUGGAUGCUGAAGCACUGGAGAGGGGGCACUCGGUCACUCGUUCCAUGCAGCGUGUUCGAUCCCGACGCGACGAAUUAAUAGACGACUUCGACGCAGCGACAAACCCUCUGCACGAACAAGCAGCUCGUUACAAGCCUCCGGAGAAUCCCUCCACAAACUUCUCGAAAUUCUUUAAGAAAGUACAUAACUCGAGUUGGAUCGUUAGGUACUUCACAUACAUUACGCCCCUAGUCCUCCUUAUUCUCAUACCGAUCCUUGUCGGAGCCUUCGCCUUCCCGGAUGCGACUGUUGGCGGCGUUGAGCUUGUGUGGUUUUCGAUAUGGCUUAUGAUCGUCUGGUUGACACUCUGGGCUGGCAGGCUACUCGCAAAGCUGCUUCCAUGGCCUAUUGGACUUGUCUCUAGUCUCUUCACGAACAACAGUAAGAAGUGGAGAGACAUGGGAAAACAGCUCGAGCUGCCGGCAACAUUGUUCUUCUGGUGGUUGGCCAUCGAAAUCUCCUUCCUUCCCACGAUGAAAAACCACAGUGUCGAGGAUCGGGGAUGGCAAAAGACCAUGAACAAGGUCAUUGUUUCAUUCUUUGUCGGAUUCGUGCUGAAUUUUGUCGAGAAGAUCAUCAUUCAGCUUAUCGCCAUCAGCUUCCAUCUUCGAACCUACCAGGACAGGAUUGAAUUGAACAAGUUCCAAAUCGGCAGUCUGGUCAAGCUCUACACGUACUCGAAACAGAAAAUCGCAAUGGAGGACUCUGAAUUCGAGCGCUACGACCAAGGACCGUCUGGGGCGCGCACUCCUGGUAAAUUGGUUACCGAGGCUCAGAAGAACAUCAAGGAAGGCUUCAGCAAGUUCGGCGAUAUUGCCGGAAAAGUUGCUGGCGAUUUCACUGGCCGCCAAGUCACGUCAAGCAGCCACCCUAGUCAGGUCGUCAUUCAGCUUCUUAGUACAAACAGUGGAGGUCAGGUUCUUGCUCGCCGCUUGUACCGAACCUUUGCACGGCCUGAGACCGAGACGGUACACGCCGAAGAUUUGAAGAACGCUUUCGAAAGCGACGAAGAGGCAGACGCUGCUUUCUCCAUGUUCGACAAAGACAUGAACGGCGAUAUCUCAAUGGAAGAGCUAGAGGCUGUCUGCGUUGAGAUUGGUCGUGAGCGCAAGUCCAUCACAGCGUCGCUGAAGGAUCUUGACAGCGUUGUUGGUAAGCUUGACGAUGUGUUCAUGUUCAUCGUCUUCAUCAUCACCGUCGUCGUCUUCAUCUCCCUCAUCUCGACUUCAGCGUCUGGUGUGCUAACGUCUGCUGGUUCCACGCUUCUGGCUCUGUCUUGGCUGUUCUCUGCAACAGCACAGGAAUUCUUGCAGUCAUGCAUCUUCGUGUUUAUCAAGCACCCUUACGAUGUGGGCGAUCGCGUCCAGAUCUACGGUAAUAGUGGGGACUUGGGACGUGGCGAUGAUUACUUUGUCAAGGAAAUUGCUCUCUUCUACACCGAGUUCAAGAAGAUGCAAGGUCACGUUGUCCAGGCACCCAAUAGCUAUCUGAAUACGCUGUUCAUUCUCAAUCACCGACGCUCAGGAGCUCUCGCUGAAGCUGUACCUAUUAUCAUCAAGUUCGGUACUACACUUGAGCAGAUCGACCGCCUCCGCCAGAUGUUGCUCGAAUUUGUUACGUCUGAAAAGCGCGAAUACCAGACCAACAUCCUUACGGAGCUGAGGGCAGUCCAGGAAGUUCAUUGGCUCGAGAUGAACGUGGUAUUCUUCUACAAGUCGAACUGGCAGAACGAACUACUACGUCUACAACGUCGCAACAAGUUUAUAUGCGCACUUACCAUGUCUAUUCAAGAGUGUGGUAUUGAAGGACCUCGCAUGCGCUACCCUGGUCAGAAGGAAUCCUUCCCUGUCUAUCUCCAGAACCUCCAGAACGCUCCUACGCCUGGUGUUGGACACAACGGCAACCCUGAUAACCCGAGCGGACAAAUCAACAAUCAAAGUCAAGAUGAACCUUUCGUGCCAGCAGCGACCGACGGAUCCAACGACGCUCCCAAUGGCGGCCCCGCUCGUCGUGGCUCUAUCCUGCGUCAACCUGGUCAGCACCGUGGGGAGUCAAUAGCUGCAAUGGGCCGACGCGUCGACUUCUCUCUAGGCAUGAAGGGUAUGAUUGAUGACCCCAGCGGCGAUGUGCUGGACGACCGUGACAUUGCAGCCCGCCAGAGAGCUACUGUCGUUAGAGUGACAUCGCCGUCACGACACUCUCAGGAGCCAGCGCGAUCUUCUCACGAUACCGGCCGUUCUACUGGUAUUCAGCGUGUUGGCACGAACAGCAGUCUGGGAGCGCGGGAACACUACCACCGAAACAGGUUCUUCAGCCGCAGCCGUCAUGGCGACGAAGAGAUCGGCAUGGCCAACAUACCCGAGGGCGAUUUUGACAACUCUCCAAGUGGCAAAGAGAAGCUGGACCCACGUUCUGGGCUUGUCAGUCCUAAAGCUGUGAGAAUGAGCACUGAGGACUCUCGUGCGCCUACCUCUUCUGGCGCUCUGCACCCACAAAGUCUGAAUCCAGCCAACUCGACCACUUCAGAGAGGAGCUUUGCUUCUCCAGCACGAGCACAGACCGAUAACUUCGAGAUGAGGCGAAUGCGUUGA